AUGGAGGGUGACAAUCAAUCAAACUGGAGAACAUUUUACCAAUUGAGCACUUUCAAACAACGUUGUUGUUUUUUGUACACAACCAUCAGAGAUAAGGAGAGUGAGGUGGGCAUGGCUAGUUGUUUAAUGUUACUAACCAAAGUUAGUGAUACCGAAACCCCAUCAAGAAAGAGGGUUCUAAGUGGUGGUGAUUUUAAGUGCAAGACUUGUAACAGGAAAUUCCAAUCGUUUCAAGCACUUGGGGGGCACCGAGCCAGCCACAAGAAGCUAAAGCUCAUGGCUUCAAACCUUUCGUGUUCGACCGUGACACAAAAGAUGCACCAGUGCCCCAUUUGUGGAAUUGAAUUUGCGAUUGGACAAGCACUGGGAGGGCACAUGAGAAAACAUAGAGCUUCCUUAAACGAUGGUUUGAUAACUCAUGAUCAUGUUGUGCCAACAUCUAGUGGUACUAAAAGGCUUCGUUUGUGCUUGGACUUGAACUUGGCACCGUACGAGAAUGAUCUCAACCUCAAUUUAAGGACACCUACUUUAAAUUUGUUCGUUUGAUCGAUUUGAGUGUUUUUAGGGCGAAUUCUUGUUGGAAAUUGUUUUAUUUUUAUUUUUUGUUUCUUACUUUGCCGUGCUUUUUAGUUUAUGACGUACGCGUGAUUCUAUAGGGUUCUAUGUAUAUUCAUGGUGCUAACUUGAAAGUACAGGGAAAAUUUUGCUGACUACCGUUAAGCAAAGCAUAUUAAGCAUACUAUCAUGGCUCUUUUCAGGAACAUGUUUUGAAAAGUCACUUUCAAUAUGAAGGAUUCAGUUACUGUUAGUUGAGGGUAGUAAUUAUUGGUUGGAUCUGUUAUGAUAGAUACCAUUAACUGUGAGAUUAAAAACAAAAUAGAAUUGCCCACACUUA